CAUAUGUUUUGUGUUUAUUUCCACAGCGCAAUGCACACGGCCUUCUUUUACAUCAAGAAAUGUCAUUUUAACAGCAGAGCAUCUCUCGACUCCUAGUUUCCCAGAUGGAUCCACUGUAACAUUUGAGUGUGUGAUUGGACACAAGCCAGUUGACUUAAAAGCAUCUAAAUCAGUUACCUGUCAGGGAAACCAGUGGACAAAUCUGGAACUCAAUUGCGCAAGAAAAUCCUGUGGAAGCCUUGCAGAUUUUCUUAAUGGCAGAUAUGAAAUUACUGGAAAUUUAUUUGGUGACACCGCUAAACCAGUUUGUGACGAAGGAUACAUGUUAGCGGGUCGAGAAACAACAAGAACAUGCAGAGAUCAGGGAUGGGAUGGCCGAGAUCCUCUCUGUGAACCUGUAAAAUGUUCAGCACCUCCAGUCAUAGAAAAUGGGCAACUUGAAGAUGAGCCUUUUGAGAGUUAUGAUUAUUCACAAGCAGUCUCCUAUAGAUGCAACAAAGGACUUGAUCUUAUUGGACAAUCAACACUUCAUUGUUCUGAGGAUGGAACAUUUAAACCAGAUCCACCAAAAUGUUUUGAUGGGUGUCUAGCGCCUACAAUUCCUAAUGCAAAAAGAAUUAAUGGAAAAUCACCCCCCUACAAACUGGGUAACUUUGUACAAUACAAAUGUGAAGAUGGCUAUAAAAUGACAGGAGAAGAUUAUAUUGUGUGUACAGCAAAUGGAUGGGACCCUGAACCACCAAGGUGCAUUGGUAAGACUGAAAGGAUUUAUUUUAUUAAUGCAUGACUGUAUUCUGUAAAGGAACAGUUUACCC